UUGUAUCUGCAUCGAUCGUUAUCUCCCUCAAAAUUUUCAUCAGCUUUUAUUGAUCAAAGUCCAAAGAGACGAGAGCUAGCAGAUCAUCAGGCUACAGCUUUGUGAUAAUAUGGGUUUUCUUACAGUAAUUGCUAAACGUCUAGAUGCAAUAGUCGGGCCUGGUGUAAUGCUUCUUUAUCCAUUAUAUGCCUCAAUCAGAGCAAUAGAAAGUCCUUCCAUGGUAGAUGACCAGCAGUGGUUAACCUAUUGGAUUAUAUAUUCCUUCAUAACCCUAUUUGAGCUCUCAUUUUGGAAUAUCCUCGCUUGGCUUCCAUUUUGGUCAUACAUGAAGCUCUUAUUUUGCAUGUGGUUGGUGCUACCGAUAUUUAACGGAGCAGCUUAUAUCUAUGAAAAACAUAUUCGAAAAUACAUAAAGCUGGGUGGGUUUGUGGGCUCAAAUUAUACAGAGUAUCAAAGGAAGAUCCUCCAGAUGAUCAGCUUUGACGCCAGGAAAAACGUAGCUGAAUACGUUGAUAAGCAUGGAUGGCCUGCGUUUGAGCGAAUUAUCAAAGUGGUAAUUAUUGUUUUGUUGCUCAACAAUUCAUUCACAUAAGUUCUUCGUUGCUCAACCUGAUUAGUUAAUUGUUUUUCUGUUCUUUGAACUGCUUUUUUUCAGGCCGAAAGAGAAGCAAAGAAACCUUGAAGCCUAUCAUGUUAAUUUGUUUAAUAUAUCAAUGUAAUUGGCUUUCCAUUUUAUCACUAAUGAUUGUCAAACAAUAUUACAAGUUUAAUUUGCAUAGAUAUCAAACAAGAAAUAUGAAAAAUUUGGCUCAAGGAGCAUUGUAUCUGACAUUCUCAAUAAAAAGCUAGCAUUUAUG